CAGUUCCUAGGUUUUGGCUCAGAUGAAGAGGUCAAAGUACAAAGUCCCACCAAAUCUCCCACAGUGAAGUCUAGUCCACGAAAACCUCGUAGGAGACCCAGAAGCAGUCCUGAUCCAAGUUCAGCUGCACACUCAGACUCUUCAUCAGUGUGUUCCCCCCUGAGCAAGUCUGAAACCAUGUCCAUGGAAAAGGUAAAGAAGAAGGAAAUUAAAAGUGGGGAAAAGAGACGAGGAAGACCUCCAACACUUAGUAGUGUGAAGUUCAAGUUAUCACAAGUAAAGGACACAUCAGAUAUUCAUAAGGGGAGCAAAGAAACAAAAGAGAAUCUGAAGAAAAUAAAAAGGGCACCGUCCACUACAUUUCAGCAUGCUGCAAAAAUCAAGAAGUUACGAACUGGUAAACUCUCCCCACUGAAGUCUAAAUUCAAGACUGGGGGGAAACUUCAGAUUGGGAGGAAAGCGGUUCAGAUUGUGCGCAGGAGAGGAAGGCCACCGUCUUCGGAACGUUUAAAGACUGCCUCACCACUAGUCAUUAAUUCACAGCUGGAGAAACCCCAGAGGGUACGUAAGGAGAAAGAUGGCACACCACCACUUACAAAAGAAGAAAAGACAGCUGUCAGACAGAGCCCCCGCAGGAUUAAGCCUGUUAGGAUUAUUCCUUCUACCAAGAGGACAGAUGCAACAAUUGCUAAGCAACUCUUGCAGAGGGCUAAAAAGGGGGCACAAAAGAAGAUUGAGAAAGAAGCAGCUAAACUGCAGGGUAGAAAGGGAAGAACUCAGCUCAAAAACAUACGGCAGUUCAUCAUGCCAGUUGUGAGCGCUAUCUCUUCGCGGAUCAUUAAAACACCCAAGCGAUUCAUUGAAGAUGAAGACUAUGAUCCUCCUAUUAAAAUAGCUCGCCUAGAGUCAACACCAAACAGCAGGUUUAGUGCUACAUCUUGUGGGUCCAGUGAAAAAUCAAGUGCGGCUUCUCAGCACUCAUCUCAGAUGUCUUCAGAUUCCUCACGAUCUAGUAGUCCUAGUGUAGAUACAUCUACCGACUCUCAGGCAUCCGAGGAGAUGCAGGCACUUUCCGAAGAGCGCAGCAAUACUCCAGAAGUUCAUACCCCUUUACCUAUUUCUCAGUCCCCUGAAACUGAUAACGGUGAUAGGAGAAGCAGGAGGUUUUCAAUGUCAGAAAGGAGUUUCGGGCAAAGGGCAGCUAAAAAACUGUCGACCUUGCAAAGUGUGUCCCAGCAGCAGUCCUCUUCCUCUCCUCCUCCACCUCUGCUCACUCCUCCCCCACCCUUACAGCCUGCUACUGGCAUCUCAGACCACACGCCGUGGCUUAUGCCUCCAACAAUACCGUUGGCUUCACCUUUUCUGCCCACCUCUGCUGCACCCAUGCAAGAGAAACGGAAAUCAAUUCUACGAGAACCAACAUUCAGGUGGACCUCUCUGAAGCAUUCUAGGUCAGAACCACAGUACUUUUCCUCAGCAAAGUAUGCCAAAGAAGGUCUCAUCCGUAAACCAGUAUUUGAUAACUUUAGACCCCCACCACUGACGCCAGAGGAUGUUGGCUUUGCAUCUGGUUUUUCAACAUCUGGUGCUACGGCUCCAGCUCGCUUGUUUUCUGCUCUUCAUUCUGGAACAAGAUUUGAUAUGCACAAAAGAAGUCCUCUGCUUCGAGCUCCAAGAUUCACUCCAAGUGAGGCCCACUCCAGAAUUUUUGAAUCUGUAACCUUGCCUUCAUCUGUUAGUCGAACCACUGCAGGAACUUCUGUGACAGGCAUAUCUUCUAGGAAACGAAAGAGAAGAGUGUUUAGCCCGAUCCGAUCAGAACCCAGAUCUCCUUCGCACUCCAUGAGGACAAGAAGUGGAAGACUUAGUACCUCUGACCUGACAACUCUCACCCCUCAAUCUUCUGUCUCUUCCUCACUAACUAGCAUGUCUGUUAGUUCUCUUGCCACUAGUGCCUUAAACUCAACUUUUACUUUUUCUUCCCCUCCCCUGACCCAGUCUGGGGAAUCAGCAGAGAGAAGCCAGAGACCAAGGAAGCAGAUCAGCACUCCAACUGAGCCUUUCUCAUCCACUAAUCCUACUCCUCUGUUUCCCUGGUUCACACCAAGUCCCCAGACAGAGAGAGGGAGAAAUAAAGACAGGGCUACUGAGGAACUGUCCAAAGAUAAAGACGUUGACAAAAGUGUGGAAAAGGACAAGAGCAGAGAGAAAGACAGAGAGCGAGAAAAAGAGAACAAACGCGAAUCAAGAAAAGAGAAAAGGAAAAAAGGGUUAGAAAUUCAGAGUAGCUCUGCUUUAUUUCCUGUAGGUAGAGUGUCCAAAGAAAAAGCUAAUGAAGAUGUUGCAGCAGCAUCUUCCGCUAAAAAAGCUGCAGGGCGGAAGAAGUCUACGGCAAUAGAUCCUGUAGCAGAUGCUGCCGCUGUGGCUCUUGUAGAUAUGACAGCUGGCAAAACCAAAAUGCCUAAGAAAGGUAGAGGGGGCUUAGAAAAAUCCGAUCUAGAUCUAAGCCCCACUGUUCCGCCCCUGGAGAAAGACAAAGCCCUACGCCUCUCUGCUCCUUCGUCAAGCACUGUUAAACAUUCCACUUCCUCCAUCAGCUCGAUGUUGGCUCAAGCGGACAAACUUCCAAUGACCGAUAAGAGGGUGGCCAGUCUCCUAAAAAAGGCUAAAGCCCAGCUGUACAAGAUUGAGAAGAGCAAAUCCCUCAAACAAGCGGAUCAGCCAAAAGCCCAGGGUCAAGAGAGUGAUUCAUCAGAGACUUCAGUGCGAGGACCACGAAUAAAACAUGUCUGCAGGAGGGCGGCUGUAGCACUAGGCCGUAAGCGGGCAGUGUUUCCUGAUGACAUGCCUACUCUGAGUGCCUUACCAUGGGAAGAACGAGAGAAGAUAUUGUCUUCCAUGGGAAAUGAUGAUAAGUCAUCAAUAGCUGGCUCAGAAGAGGCUGAACCCCUUGCUCCACCUAUCAAACCAAUUAAGCCAGUUACCAGAAACAAGGCACCCCAAGAGCCUCCAGUGAAGAAAGGUCGGCGUUCAAGGCGCUGUGGGCAGUGCCCAGGCUGCCAGGUUCCAGAGGACUGUGGUGUCUGUACUAACUGUCUAGACAAACCGAAGUUUGGUGGGCGCAACAUAAAGAAACAGUGCUGCAAGAUGAGGAAAUGCCAGAAUCUGCAAUGGAUGCCUUCAAAAGCUUAUCUCCAGAAGCAAGCUAAAGUUGUGAAAAAGAAAGAGAAGAAAUCCAAGACCAAUGAAAAGAAAGAGAGCCAUUCUGGGAAGAACCAAGUGGAUUCUGGACAGAAACCAGCUCCUCAGACUGUUUUAGCAAAAGAAGAUAAUGCCUUGAAGAAGAGCAGUGAACCUGCCCGAAAGCCAAGUGAGGAGAAAAAUGAAGAGGGAAAUACCUCUGUCCCGGUGUUGGAGUCCAAACAGGUCACUGCUUCUGGUGCCAGAAAAAGUGGCAAACAGGCACCCCAGCCAUUGCAAGUUCCCCUUUGUCAGCCGCCUAGCUCAGGACCACUGAAAAAAGAAGUAUCUAAAACCAUACCUACCGAGCCCAAGAAAAAGCAGACACCCCUACCAGAAUUAGGCAUAGAGCAAAGCAAACAGAAGAAAGUUACUCCCCGUCCAAGUUUCCCUGUGAAACAGAAACCAAAAGAAAAGGAAAAACUUCCUCCAAUCAACAAGCCAGAGAACAGCACACUGAAUUUGCUCAGUACGCUGUCAAAUGGAAGCAGUUCCAAGCAAAAGGCACCUACAGAUGGAGUCCACAGGAUCAGAGUGGACUUCAAGGAGGACUGUGAAGUGGAGAACGUUUGGGAGAUGGGUGGGCUAGGCAUUCUGACCUCGGUACCUAUCACUCCCAGGGUGGUCUGCUUUCUCUGUGCCAGCAGUGGACACGUGGAGUUUGUGUAUUGUCAGGUCUGUUGUGAACCCUUCCACAAGUUCUGUUUAGAAGAGAGUGAGCGCCCUCUGGAGGACCAGUUGGAAAACUGGUGCUGUCGUCGUUGCAAGUUCUGUCAUGUAUGUGGAAGACAGCAUCAGGCAACAAAGUUGUUGGAGUGUAAUAAGUGCCGAAACAGCUAUCACCCUGAGUGCCUGGGACCAAACUACCCAACAAAACCCACCAAGAAAAAGAAAGUUUGGAUCUGUACCAAAUGUGUUCGCUGCAAGAGCUGUGGUUCAACAACUCCAGGCAAGGGAUGGGAUGCACAGUGGUCUCAUGACUUCUCCCUGUGUCACGAUUGUGCCAAACUCUUUGCUAAAGGAAACUUCUGCCCACUCUGUGACAAGUGCUAUGAUGAUGAUGACUACGAGAGUAAGAUGAUGCAGUGUGGGAAGUGUGAUCGCUGGGUCCACUCCAAAUGUGAAAAUCUUUCAGAUGAGAUGUAUGAAAUCCUCUCUAACCUUCCUGAGAGUGUGGCAUACACUUGCAUUAACUGCACAGAGCAGCACCCUGCCGAAUGGCGGCUGGCACUGGAAAAGGAGCUGCAAGUUUCUUUGAAGCAGGUUUUAACAGCCUUGUUAAAUUCCAGGACUACCAGUCACUUACUACGUUACAGACAGGCAGCCAAACCACCGGAUUUAAAUCCUGAGACAGAAGAGAGUAUCCCAUCCAGAAGUUCUCCCGAAGGUCCAGAUCCUCCUGUUCUAACAGAGGUCAGCAAGCAGGAGGAGCAGCAGCCUCUGGACCUGGAAGGAGUGAAAAGAAAAAUGGAUCAAGGAGGUUACACUUCCGUGUUGGAAUUUAGUGACGAUAUUGUGAAGAUUAUUCAAGCAGCCAUUAAUUCAGAUGGAGGGCAACCUGAAGUUAAAAAAGCUAAUAGCAUGGUCAAGUCCUUCUUUAUUCGGCAAAUGGAGCGUGUUUUUCCAUGGUUCAGUGUAAAAAAAUCCAGGUUUUGGGAGCCAAAUAAAGUAACAAGCAACAGUGGGAUGUUGCCGAAUGCAGUGCUGCCCCCUUCACUUGACCAUAAUUAUGCUCAGUGGCAAGAGCGUGAAGAGAAUAACCACACUGAACAGCCCCCUUUGAUGAAGAAAAUCAUUCCAGCUCCAAAACCCAAAGGGCCUGGAGAACCAGAUUCACCAACUCCGCUGCAUCCGCCGACACCACCUAUCUCUAGCUCUGAUAGAAGCCGGGAGGAUAGCCCUGAACUUAAUCCACCUCCUGAUGUGGAAGACAAUAGGCAGUGUGCACUCUGUCUGAAAUAUGGUGAUGAUAGUGCUAACGAUGCUGGACGUCUCCUGUACAUUGGCCAGAAUGAAUGGACACAUGUAAACUGUGCUCUAUGGUCAGCAGAAGUGUUUGAGGAUGAUGAUGGGUCUCUGAAAAAUGUACACAUGGCUGUGAUCAGAGGGAAGCAGUUGAGAUGCGAGUUCUGCCAAAAGUCAGGUGCCACAGUAGGCUGCUGUCUUACUUCCUGCACUAGCAACUAUCACUUCAUGUGCUCCCGAGCCAAGAACUGUGUCUUUCUGGAUGAUAAGAAAGUGUACUGCCAGCGGCAUCGUGACUUGAUCAAAGGAGAGGUGGUACCGGAGAAUGGGUUUGAAGUUCUUAGAAGAGUUUUUGUGGACUUCGAAGGGAUCAGUUUGAGAAGAAAAUUUCUUAGUGGCCUGGAGCCAGAAAACAUCCACAUGAUGAUUGGUUCAAUGACUAUAGACUGCUUAGGAAUUCUGAAUGAUCUGUCAGACUGUGAAGACAAGCUGUUCCCCAUUGGUUAUCAGUGUUCCAGGGUGUACUGGAGCACAACAGACGCUCGGAAGCGCUGUGUGUAUACUUGUAAGAUCAUGGAAUGUCGACCUCCUGUCAUAGAGCCAGAUAUCAAUAGCACUGUAGAGCAUGAUGAGAACAGGACAAUUGCUCAUAGUCCAGCACCCCCAACAGCAGAAACUCUAUCCAAAGAGAGUCGAAAUACACCAGAAAUGGUAAACCCUCCAUCUCCAGAUCGUCCCCUGCAUUCUCAGACCUCCAGUUCCUGUUACUAUCCUCUGAUCUCAAAAGGUCCCAGGGUCAGGACACCAAUCUAUCCCCUAACACAGCGGUCUCCUGGGUCUAGGCCUUUGCCCUCUGCAGGAAGUCCUACACCAACGACCCAUGAAAUAGUAACAGUGGGAGAUCCUUUAUUAUCCUCUGGACUUAGAAGCAUUGGCUCUAGGAGACACAGUACCUCCUCUUUGUCACAACAGCAGUCAAAACUCCGAAUGAUUUUUCCCACGAGAGUUGGGAACACUUACUCCAGACACACUGUGCCUGGAGUAUCUAGUAUCGGAUCCUCUUCAGAGCAUGAAUCAAGCUCAAAAAAUAUAGACAGCUUCAAAGGGUCAGUGAAUUUAAAUGCUCCAAGUGCUUUAGCUCAAAAUAGCCCUAACUCUUCAAGCUCUUCAAGAACGGUAGCUACAAGUGGAAGUAAAACUUGUCAUUUGGGUGGAUCUCAGUCUUCAGAAAUAAAACACUCUACCAGUUCAGAGUUGAUGUCCAAAAGCACAUCUUCAAAGGGAGAGAAGACAAAAUUGUUGAGCUCAAAGGACUCAGAUUCUUCAGCUCAUAGCUUUGCUUCAUCUGGGAAUACUAAAAUGUCCACCCAAGUGCUUAGUACAUCAGGCAUAGAAUUAAACAUUCAUAAAAAGGGAACUUUUCAAGAACCUUCUUCUGCAACACUUUCUUCCAAAGAUACAAUGCCCUUUCCAUCUUUCCAUCAGAGAGGCCCAAGGAAAGAUAGAGACCUACAUAUGGACCUCAUACAACCAGAAAAAAUCCCUUCUGUUGAAGACAUAGAUGCAAAGAACUUAAAGCCUGCUGGAAUGAGUAGCAGGUCUUCUGCAGCAAGUGACCACGUGGUUUCUGCUUGCAGAGACAGACGACAGAAAGGAAAAAAGUUAACAAAAGACACUUACAAAGAAAAACAUUCUGUAAAACCUUUUACAGACUCGAGUCAAUUGACCACCUGUGAUGAAGGAAGCUUAAAACCAGAAUUCAUAAAUCAGGUUUUGGCAACUGAACAGAUUAGUCAGAGGUUGUGUAGUAAUGUUUCUGCUGAGAAAACUGGGGAUAAGUCUCCACCUACACAAGGGGCAUCUAAAGCUCCAUUGGUGCAAGUUGAAGUAGCCUCAAAGGAAGCACAGGCUCCUAGAAAACGCACAGUUAAAGUAACCCUGACUCCUCUUAAGAUGGAAAGUGAAAGCCAAUCUAAAAAUGCACAGAAAGAAAAUGAUGCCGAAUCGCAGAGUAAGGGUGCAGAACCAACUGCUUUGACAGAGCUGUCUUCAACUUCUGAAAGCCAAGGAGAUGGUUCUGUUGUCCAGGGAAGUCCAAGUGAUACUCCUACCCAGGAAUCUCAAAAUAAUUCUUAUCCGAAUCUGCCUGUUGAAGACAGAAACUUGAUGCUUCAGGAUGGAACUAAAGCUCAGGAAGAUGGUUCCUACAAGCGGAGGUAUCCCCGGCGAAGUGCUCGGGCAAGAUCUAACAUGUUCUUUGGAUUAACUCCUUUGUAUGGUGUGAGAUCUUAUGGAGAGGAAGACAUUCCAUUUUACAGCAACUCAACUGGGAAGAAGCGAGGAAAGAGGUCUGCAGAAGGACAAGUAGAUGGUGCAGAUGACUUAAGUACUUCGGAUGAAGAUGACUUGUACUACUACAAUUUCACCAGGACAGUAGUUUCCUCAAGUGCAGAAGAGAGGCUUGGAUCCCAUAAUUUAUUCAAGGAGGAGGAGCAGUGCAAUCUUCCAAAAAUCUCCCAGUUAGAUGGUGUGGAUGAUGGAACAGAAAGUGAUACAAGUGUUACAACAACAACAAGAAAAGUAAAUCAGGUAACCAAAAGAAGUGGCAAAGAAAAUGGGACUGAAAACUUAAAGCUUGAUCGAGCUGAAGAAGCUGGAGAGAAAGUACAGGUCACCAAGAGCUCCACUGGCCAUAAGACUGAUCCAAAGAUUGAUAAUUGCCAUGCUGUGAGCAGGGUUAAAACACAGGGUCAGGAUUCCUUGGAAGCUCAGCUGAGUUCCUUGGACACAGGCCGUAGAGCUCAUGCUAGCACACCCUCAGAGAAGAACUUAUUGGAUACUUUUAACACAGAACUGCUAAAAUCAGACUCUGACAAUAACAAUAGCGAUGACUGUGGAAACAUUCUGCCUUCGGACAUCAUGGACUUUGUACUAAAGAAUACACCAUCGAUGCAGGCUUUAGGAGAAAGCCCGGAGUCCUCUUCAUCUGAACUUCUAACACUGGGGGAAGGGCUAGGUCUUGAUAGUAAUCGUGGCAAGGACAUGGGUUUGUUUGAAGUGUUUUCUCAACAGCUGCCAACUGCUGAACCAGUGGAUAGUAGCGUUUCUUCCUCUAUAUCAGCAGAGGAGCAGUUUGAGUUGCCUUUAGAACUUCCAUCAGAUCUCUCCGUUCUAACUACUCGUAGUCCUACUGUGCCCAGCCAAAACCGCAACAGGCUUGCUGUAAUUUCAGAGUCUUCACUCUCAUCUUCAGGAGAGAGGUCUAUUCUGGCUUUACCUUCCACAGAAUCUGGAGAGAAGAGAGUUACAGUCACAGAAAAAUCUGCCUCCGGUGAAGGGGAUGCAACUCUUUUAAGCCCAGGGGUAGACCCAAGCCCUGAAGGACAUAUGACUCCUGAUCACUUCAUCCAAGGUCACAUAGAUGCAGAGCACAUAGCCAGCCCACCUUGCGCCUCAGUAGAGCAAGGACAUGGCAGCAACCAGGAUUUAACUAGGAACAGCGGUACUCCUGGACUCCAAGUGCCAGUAUCGCCUACUGUUCCUCUUCAAAACCAAAAAUACGUUCCGAACUCCACUGACAGUCCUGGUCCAUCUCAGAUUUCUAAUGCUGCAGUACAGACAACCCCGCCCCACCUAAAACCAGCCACUGAAAAACUUCUGGUAGUCAAUCAGAACAUGCAGCCUCUGUAUGUCCUCCAGACUCUUCCCAAUGGUGUUACACAAAAAAUACAACUGACUCCUUCUGGUAGUUCUGCACAGAGCGUAAUGGAGACCAAUACUUCAGUGCUAGGGCCCAUGGGCAGUGCACUUACAUUGACUACAGAAUUAAAUCCAAGCCUGCCAUCAUCUCAGUCUUUAUUCCCCCCCACUAGCAAAGGACUGUUGCCUAUGUCCCAUCACCAGCAUUUGCAUACCUUUCCCACAGCUACUCAGAGUGGUUUCCCACCAAAUAUUGGCAGUCCUGCAUCAGGUCUCCUUAUUGGUGUACAGCCACCUCCUGAUCCUCAACUUUUAGUGUCUGAAGCAAGCCAGAGGACAGACCUUGGCACUACAGUUACCACCCCAACAUCUGGCCUUGGGAAGAAAAGGCCAAUAUCCCGACUGCAGUCACGAAAGAAUAAAAAGCUAGCGCCGUCUGGAACCCCUUCUGCCAUAGCUCCUUCAGAUAUGGUUUCCAACAUGACUUUGAUUAAUUUUGCUCCCUCCCAACUUUCCAACAGCCCAUUAGAUUUGGGGACCCUUGGAAAUUCGACAUCCCAUAGGACAGUUCCCAAUAUUAUUAAAAGGUCUAAGUCUGGAGUCAUGUAUUUUGAGCAAGCGUCUUUGCUGCCCCAAGGUGUGGGAGCAGCCCCUGCUGCGGCAGUUGGCACUUCACCCAGCAUUAUUGGACCAGAUGCCGGCCACCUCACGACAGGGCCGGUGUCGGGACUAGCAUCAAAUUCAUCAGUGCUGAAUGUAGUAUCCAUGCAGGCCACAGCAGCACCUAGCACUGGUGGGUCAGUACCUGGCCACGUUUUGGGACAGGGUUCUGUAACAUUAACUAGCCCUGGAUUGUUGGGAGACCUUGGCUCAAUAAGCAAUCUCUUGAUCAAAGCCAGUCAGCAAAGUCUUGGUCUUCAGGAACAGCACAUGACUUUGCCACCAGGUUCUGGGAUGUUUUCACAACUGGGGACGUCACAAACUCCAGCUACAGCAGCAAUGACAGCUGCAUCAAGCAUAUGUGUAUUGCCUUCAGCACAGACUAUGGGCAUGACAGUUGCUCAAUCAUCCACUGACCCAGAAGGUCCCUAUCAGCUUCAGCAUAUGACACAACUUUUAGCCAUCAAAAAUGCUUCUUCCCAGCUGGACCUUGCCACCGCUUCAGCACCUCAGUUGUCAAGCUUUCCACAGCUAGUGGACAUUCCUAACAACACAGGCCUUGAGCAAAGCAAGGUUUCCUCAACUGCAAUGCAUGCCAGUUCAGCUUCGCCUGGAGGCUCCCCGUCAUCUGGCCAACAGUCUGCAAGUAGCUCAGUGCUCGGUCCCACAAAAAUGAAGCCAAAAAUUAAACGAAUUCAACCGCCUUUAGACAAAGCGAAUGGAAAGAAGCAUAAAACUUCUCACAUGUGGACCAGUCCCCCUGAAGUACACAUUCCAGACAGAGGGGCCAAUGCUGUAUCCCAGGUCUCAGCUGCAGGGACUCCCGCAGUGAAGGCAGACAUUCAAGAUACAAGUAUAGAUCAGCUACCACAAAAGCCAUCUGGGCAGCCUGCAGGGCAAAUGGCAGUUCUUACAGAGCCACAGUCAGUGCAGAACACAGCAAAUGAGCAAGAAAAUACAGGAUCCAAAGCUCCUGAGGAGGAGGAAGGCACUUUCAGCUCCCCACUUAUGUUUUGGCUGCAGCAAGAACAAAAGAGGAAAGAAAGCCUUGGUGAGAAGAAGCCAAAGAAAGGACUAGUUUUCGAGAUCUCAAGUGAUGAUGGUUUUCAGAUCUGUGCAGAAAGUAUUGAAGAUGCCUGGAAAUCACUGACUGAUAAAGUUCAAGAAGCUCGUUCCAAUGCCCGUCUGAAGCAGCUAUCGUUUGCAGGUGUGAAUGGUUUGAGGAUGCUGGGGAUUAUCCAUGACGCUGUUGUGUUCCUGAUUGAGCAGCUUUAUGGAGCAAAGCAUUGCCACAAUUAUAAAUUUAGGUUCCACAAACCAGAGGAGACCAAUGAACCCCCAUUGAAUCCCCAUGGCUCUGCUAGGGCUGAAGUCCACCUCAGGAAGUCAGCAUUUGAUAUGUUCAAUUUCCUGGCUUCUAAACACCGACAGCCACCAGAAUACAACCCCAAUGAUGAGGAAGAGGAGGAAGUGCAGCUGAAGUCUGCUCGGAGGGCAACUAGUAUGGAUCUGCCAAUGCCCAUGCGAUUCCGACACUUGAAGAAGACCUCCAAGGAGGCAGUUGGUGUCUACAGGUCUCCCAUCCAUGGCCGGGGCCUAUUCUGCAAAAGGAACAUUGAUGCAGGUGAGAUGGUGAUUGAAUAUUCAGGCAAUGUUAUUCGCUCCAUCCUCACUGACAAACGAGAGAAGUAUUAUGACAGCAAGGGGAUUGGCUGCUACAUGUUCCGCAUUGAUGACUCCGAAGUGGUAGAUGCCACUAUGCACGGAAAUGCAGCCCGCUUCAUCAACCACUCAUGUGAGCCCAACUGUUACUCCCGUGUAAUCAACAUUGAUGGCCAGAAACACAUUGUCAUCUUCGCCAUGCGCAAAAUCUACCGCGGGGAGGAACUCACGUAUGACUACAAAUUCCCCAUUGAAGACGCCAGCAACAAACUGCCUUGUAACUGUGGCGCCAAGAAGUGCAGGAAAUUCUUAAACUAAAACUUUCAUGAGCUGUGAGUGAGCCCCGAAGGGCCUGGGGCGAACCAAAGUUACAAUGCAUUUCCUUCCCGCCUUUUGGGGGGAGAGGGGAGGACAGAGACGGAAAUGAAGAUUGACGGGGGCUCAGGGACGUAAGUGAUGGCUGCGCUUCUCCGCCAGAGUCCACAUCUUCAUGUCUCACAUGCGCACACUUAUCCUUUGUGAAAGACACGGAUGAUCAGAGAAGAUCCUCAAUAUGAUUGUUAUACUUUUUCCACUCCCCCCCCCCCCCUUUCCUCCUUGUCCCCGUCCCCCCCCCUCCUCCUGUAUUUGUCAUUGUGGGAUAGUGAGCGGGAGAGGGGGAAGGGUGGAUGGAUGAGGCAAAACAGACCAAAACCCAUAUGUGGGUAGAGGCCUCAGAUUUUGUCCUUUGUUGUUUCUGGUUUGUCAGGACUCUGUGACCAGCUUUGCCAGGAACGGCAAUGUGGGGUUUGCAGUUUCCGUCGCUUGCUGUGUCAUAAUUUAAAAAAGCACAGUACUUGACUGAGCUUUUCCUCAGGAGAGAGACUGUAUCCCAUCAACCAGCUCCAUGAAGGAUGUUCUGAGUGUCUGGUUCCUUCCACCAUGCAUUUCCAAAACACUAUUUGUGAGCAGGCUGGGUCUUAUCAGACUUCUUAGAGCAGCCAUAGGUGGCCCCAGUGCAUUUCUCUUGGUUGGUCUGUCCUUUAUUGGGGCCUGGGAAGAGUAAAUAAGACUAGGGUAACCUACAGCAGCCUGUAAGUGAACUGAAAAGGGUUUCAGUAGCAUUUUCCUCUGAAAUUCCUGUUUUUGUAUGAGAGAGUUCCUAGCUAUUUUAGUAAAGGAAGGGGCUGUGUUGGGUUUAUGCCAACUGAUUACAGUGAUUCACUCUUCAGGAUUUACAACCCAAAGUGGAAAUCCUUGUCAGCAAAGGCCUUGUUUCAGUAAUUAAGUCCUUUGUAGAGUAGGAACAACUCUUCUCCCAUGUUUCUGCCGUCAGAAAUCGGCACUCUUCUUUGGUCUAGGGAGAGAUCUGCUUCCUACCUCUGACCUGCCCAAGCAAUGGAGAUCCAUGAGCUGAGAAGCAGGACCUGCAACUGUCCGAAAUGGAGAGCAGCUCUGAUAGCCAGCCUGUGCUCCCAGACAGAAACCAGCAAAGGCGGUUUGCAGAGAUUGCAGCUGGAGAAGCUCUGCUCACGUGGUUUAAAUAAUGUAGUAGGAUAAAUGAAUCAGACAAAUGAGUGAUUUCUCUAAGCACAUCCCUCUCUCUAGAUCCAUUUCUAGGUUACGGUUACGUCAAUCUUCCUUGUAAGACAUAGGAAUAGGCACCAAAAGGGGGUUUUAAAAGCUCAGUAGACAUGCAAGGCCAAACACUAACAGUCUGAGCAUACUCCUUGUAGCAUUUAAAAAUGUGUUUAGGAAACCAGUUUGCAACUGCCACAAUUAAACCCACCUGAGUGAAAUAGUAAAUCCAUUUAAAAAGCAAAACAGAAUGACACUAGUCCUGGUUCAAGCGGGAUAACUUUCCCCCCUUUUGGAUCCAAAAGAGGAAAAAGAAAAAAAAAAAAAAAAAAAAAAAGCCCCAACCCUGUUAAAUUAAGUGAUUGGAUUUUACUCUGUUCUGUUUACAGUGUAGUAUUUAAGGUUUUAUAAAUGUAAAUAUAUUUUGUAUAUUUUUCUAUGAGAAGCACUUCAUAGGGAAAAGCACUUAUGACAAGGCUAUUUUUAAACAGUGGUAUUAUCCUAAUUUAAGAUAAUCUGUUUUUAAUAAUUUUUUUAUUUUCAUAGGAUGGUUAUAGGAAAUAUCUGGCUGGACAUAGUCUGAUCCUUCCUCCUGAGAGGGGGAUACUUUUAUUUUUAUUUUACUUUUAAUCUUGUUCUGCCUUGUUGACUUAAGUAACUGUUUCCUGGAAGCUUUGACUGAACCUUAAUUAUAUUGAUUUGUCAAGGGAGAGGGCAUGGGGAACAAUCACCCAACUCAGGAGGAGUUUGACUCAGUGGAACUUUAUUUGAACAUCUGUGUUAACAUUUUUUGGUACAGUUUUCCUACCGCUGGGCAGAAAGAGGCAUGAUUCUGCCUUGACACAUGCCACUGUUCUGUUUAUAGAAAGGUGAAGGAGAGGGGGUAAUAAUCGCUAUCUUUACUUUUUUCCAUUAGUUUGUUCAGAGCUCAGAAUUAGGAAUAUGGCAGGAAAUACGAAUUUUUCCACCUUGCUCUUCCUAUUUGAAUCUUGCAGAGCAGACAUGUCCUCCUCAGUAAUUCACUGAUCCUGCCAGGAUACUUACUGAGCGUGAGUGGUCCCUGCAUCUCUGGAGAGAUCACAUUAACUUAGGCCCAGGACUGUGAUUGGUAGCAGGGAAAGCCAACUUCCCAUCACUCACUACUGUGUUUCUAAAGCAGCUUCACUGGAUAAAGAGACAGAGUGGGUUUUCAUUCUCGGAAAAUUCUCAACUCUUCAGCCAGAGAAACUUGGUCCUGUGGAAAUUGAGCAAAGCAAUAGAACCACAGCCCUGCCUUUGUUCACCAUCAUUGUUAGGAACAGGUGUGGGAUUUGCACCCACCAAUGCACUUCUCAGCCCUGAGUGCCUCUCACUUGGAAACAUAUGAAUUUUUCCUUUGAACAGUAAAAUGAUAAUGUACUCCUCUCUCAUCUGUCCCUGUGGACAGGCCAUCUACAAUUUGCUGAAUUAGCAAAUUGAAAGGCUGCUAUGAAACAGUGUCAGCAGCCACCUAUGGAAAUUGGACAGCAUUGACUAAUAACUCCUAGCGCUCACAUUCUAGCACUAUGUAUCUGUGCCAUUCAACCCCAGAGACCUCUUCCUCUGACCUGAGAAUGAAAUGCAGCACUCAGAAGGGUCAGGAAUUGCUGUUUCCUUUUUUUAUUGCACUGUGUGAUUAUUAUUUUGUAAAACUUUUUUUAAAGGAAAAAUCAAAGUCAAAGCUGCACGUGUUACUGAAAUGAUUUGAUGCACUGACAGUUUGGGAAUGCACACACACUGAGAGGCCAGAAAGCAUGUCUGGGGCAAUCUCAGCUCAGCGUCCCUAGACGCAGCUCUUCGCAGCAGUGCUGGGGGACAGUUCCAGUGCUGGACACACCGGUGAAUUUUAACUUCAGAAUGGUCUAGUUCAAUCAUUUUCCCCCUUCUCCCUCCUGCUGAUAUCCCUUAAUCUGGCAGAGAAUUAGCCUCUGCAGCUGACAACAAUCCCAUUCUUGUCUCUUGCCAAAAAUCUGUGUAGCUAUCAGCUAUUUGAUAAGCAAAAUUGAGUCCUCACCAGAAAUCCACACUAAGAGCAAGCUCUGAUCAGGAAACACUGCUCCCACAAACCCCCUUAGGAAAAAAAAAUCAAGAAGAGGGGGAAAAAAUAAGUAAAGGAGAAAACAGAAGAGAGAUACCACCUGAGUCCCUCUGAGAACCAGGCACUAGAAAUUUCCUCUACCGUGAGGACUGAGAGCGCAAAUGGAUCAGGCUAGAAUUUGGUAGAAGGUCCAGCUCACUGAAUGCUUUGCUGCUAUACCUGUUGUGGCUGCCUUAACCAGCAGCCACUGUGGCCAGUGAAACUGUCUGUAAACCAGAGAAGCUGAAUUGUGCUGACUUACAGGCUGGGCCAGGGGUCCCCUUGGCUCCCCACUUCCAUUGUUCUCACCAGUCUAUCUCCAGCACAGAGGUUUUCAGUCACUUACAGUUUUAAACAAAUAAAAGGAAGGUGGGGAGAAGCCUUGGCAGCUAGUAUUUAAGUUUUCAAUGAUUCAUCUGUAAGACACAGGCCUAUGUGCCCUUUAACCCUGUCCUGCCCAGGCUAAUAGUGAGCACAAUGCAGCUUCCUCGUAUAUGAAUGUAUAUUUUAUAAGGACUGACAUAGAUCAUGAUAUCUGAAAAUACUAAAAGUCAAACCUUAAGGCAUUUAUUUUUAUUUGUACAAACCAAUUUUUUUAAAGGAAAAGCGGGUCAUUGCAAAGGGCUGGGUAUAAUCUUUUUAUUUCAUUUUCUUUCAUUUCCAAGCAAUACCAGGUUCUUCAGCAAGAUGGUCUUUGUGCAGAAUCAUGCCAUUCAAACCCAUACUACUGGUCCAUACUCAACACAUUUGCGAGUUUUUUUUUAUAACUAUAAAUAUGAUAUAUAUAGGAACGAAUAUAGUAAUGCACCGUGUAAUGAAGCCUAGUUCAGUAUCGGUCCAUGGCUUUUAAUUCUCUUAACACUAUAGAUAAGGAUUGUGUUACAGUUGCUAACAAAGGCAGGAAAAAUAAUCAAGCUGUGUACUUCUGGGUUAACAAAUGUAAACUGAAGGGGGCUUGCUUGGCACUAGUGCAGGACACCUCAGCCUGAAGAGUGACAGCAUUCGCAUUCAGGAGCUUGCUGCAGAAAUGAAAUACUUAGCCCGUAGUUUCCCUGCUUGAGGAUUUUUCUGACCUUCAAUGUUACCAGUCAGUACUUGUACAACUUGUUUUUUUGUUUUUUGGAAUUUUUUUUUUUUUUUGGUUAUGAAUGUUGGGGUACCACCUGCAUAUAGGGAAAAAUGUGUUCUGUGCUUUCCUGGUAUCUUUUUAACAAGGUACUGUAGCUUUGUCUAUCAACCAAGAACUAUACUUGUGGUGUUUCUUUUAUUAAACUUAACAGUCUCUUUGGUAAAUACAGAUAGGUGAAUAAUUGUUCAAAAAAAAAAAAAAAGCUCUAGAAUGGCAAGGUUAUGUUCUAGAAAUAAUACAUUUCUCGACAACUUAUCAUGUAUAACAGAUCUUUUUAUUUCUUUUUUUCUUGUGUUCUUCCAAGCUUCUGGUUUUAAAAAAAAAAAGGAAAAAAAAAAAGAAAAAAGGAAAUGUCUAAAGUACAUCAGUGUUAACUCCCUGUCACAGGGACGAAGGAAAUACUUUAAUAGUUAAAAAACAAUGCUGAAAGCUCUGCGAAAGACUGAAUGUAAAAAUAAAAGUGUAUAUAGUUGUAAAAAAACAAAAAGGA